AUGUCUAAUAAAAAUAGAAAUACAGAUUCUGAUUUGACAAGAACUGAAAUUAGUCCAAGAUCAAACGUUCAAUAUAUUUCGAUUCCAGUAAACAGAAAUGUUACUAAUGAUUCAAGGAGAAAUGAUAGUGAACUUUUAUUAAAUGAUUCAACCUCUGUAUUUUCUUCUUCUUCAUCAAUCAAUUCAGCUGCUAAUCCGUCACAAGAUAGAAAUGAUAUAGAGAAUAACGGUAAUUUAAGCAAACAGAGAAGGAAAUCUAUAUUAGAUUACCCUAUAGGUUCUUUCAAAGGUGUUAAUUCCAUUGGUAGAUUUGCAAGUUCACUAAAUAGAGCUCACUCCUUUAAAACAAUUGAUAUGCAUCAUAAUGUUGAAAGAUCUUUUUUCAAAGAUUCAAACGAUCAAUUAUAUGAUCCAGUCACUUUAGCUCCAUCAAAAUUAGGUAGAAGAUUAUCAUCUACAUUAAAUAAGGUAAAUUUGAGAAAUGUUGCAAAUAAUUCAAAUUUAAAUGGUAUAUCUGCGAGACCUAAUGUUACUAAUGUUGACGAUACAUUCAACCAUUCAGAUAUAAAUAAUUCUGUAGAUUAUGGGAGUAUAUCAAGACAAACUAGUCAACAUUCUUUAUUACGUCAUUCCAUAUCAAUUGCAAACUCUAUUAGGACUACAAAUAAUCUAAAUGAAUUAGAAAAUGAUACUACUACUAAUAACGAUGCAAUGAUCGUUAGACAAGUCCAAGAUAAAGACGGUAAAGUCAUACAUGUUCUUGCGGGUCAAUCAACAGCUCCACAAACUAUCUUUAAUUCUAUUAAUGUUUUAAUAGGAUUAGGUUUAUUAGCUUUGCCACUAGGCUUAAGGCAUGCUGGCUGGAUUUUUGGCUUAACAUUACUAACAGUUUUUGCAACGGGUACUUUUUGUAGUGCUGAAUUACUAUCUAGAUGUUUAGACACAGAUCCGACGUUGAUGUCAUAUGCUGAUUUAGGUUAUGCUGCGUUUGGAUCAAAAGGACGUUUAUUAAUUUCAUGCCUUUUUACAACUGAUCUCUUAGGUUGCGGUGUUUCUUUAAUUAUUUUAUUUGGUGAUUCUUUGAAUGCUCUGUUCCCAAGAUAUUCAGUGACAUUUUUCAAAAUUAUUGGAUUUUUCAUUGUUACUCCACCAGUAUUUUUGCCAUUAAGUAUUCUAUCAAAUAUCUCAUUAUUGGGUAUUUUGGCGACUAUCGGUACUCUUGUCACUUUAAUCAUAUGUGGUAUUUUGAAACACGAUCAACCAGGUUCCUUAGUUGACCCCAUGCCAACUAAUUUAUGGCCUGAAAACUUUCAAAAUUUAUGUUUAUCUAUUGGGUUGCUUAGUGCUUGUUGGGGUGGUCACGCAGUUUUCCCAAAUUUAAAAACUGAUAUGAGACAUCCUGAAAAAUUUAAAGACUGUUUAAAGACAACUUAUAAAAUUACUUUUAUUACUGAUUUUGGCACUGCAAUCAUUGGGUUUUUAAUGUUUGGUGAUUUAGUUCUUGGUGAAAUUACUACAAAUAUUAUGCUUCAAAAUGGUUAUCCAAAUUCAGUUUAUUUAUUAUUAUCAGCAUUAAUGGCAAUUAUUCCUAUUGCAAAGACACCUUUGAAUGCAAGACCCAUUAUUUCAAUAUUAGAUUUUGCUUUUGGUGUGCAAAAUGUAGAAUCUGACUAUAAAGGUAGGAGAUUAUAUUUUGCUAAAUUACAAAAAUUUGGAAACAGAAUUUUCAUUAAUGUCCUAUUUGUCAUUAUCGCUAUUUUAUUCCCAAAAUUUGACAAAUUAAUUGCAUUCUUGGGAGCAGGUUUAUGUUUUACAAUUUGUUUAAUUUUACCUUGUUUAUUUUACUUAAGAAUCUGCAAGAAUACCAUUAGACCAUGGGAAAGAAUAGCAUGCAAGAUUACUAUAGUAGUAAGUAUCAUUUUUGGUUCCUUUGGUAUUGGCGCUGCAAUCAUGUCAUAA